GCUUGAAUUCUGAAAUGGUCACGAACAACGGUGGGAAAGCGCUGAGAUGGCCGAUCCUCGUUGGGAAACUACAGUGAGACCUCGACUGGCUGAACUGAGCAAACUUGUCAAUCCGCAAGCUCUCCGAGCAGCUCUAUACUCCUUCAAACUUCUCGAUAAGAGAGAAUGGAGAAAGAUCUUGCAUAUGAAUAAUGAUCAAGAGGAAGCUGCAGAACUGCUUCUCGUUGAGAUUUUGCCACGGAAGGGUCCUGAAGCUUUCAACAAAUUUCUUGAUGUUCUCCGGCAAACUGAGGGACAGAAGUAUAUAGCAGACACCAUCUUGACAAGCCAUCAUGAAGUAACUGCAGAAGUACACCAGAAAUUCAAUACCUCUGAUGUGUUACCUACACCAACAAACCAGACGCAGUGCCAAGAGUCUACGAAAGAACAGAGCCAUGACGAAGUAGCAAAGUUGGCAGACAAGAUGACGAUCUGUGCAUUACACUGUGAUCGUUCAAAGAACGGAUAUCAUCCUGCAGCCACUCAGGAUGAUUUUUCUCACCUAAUGUCAUGGAAAACAUGGGAUAUAAAUUUGCCUUCCGAUAAAUUUCUUCGAGGCCAAGUGAGUGCAACUCUCGAUUAUCUAGUUGUAGGAGGAUUUCAAGGUGAAGUCCACCUUCUCCCUCUUCAUGCCAACAAGAGCACAUGGACGACAUUCACCAGACCUGGAGGCGACAUCAGAGCUCUCACCUGUCAUUCUAGCGUCUGCUUCACUCUGAUCUAUGAUAAAACGACACAACAGACUCUCAUAGAAAGUCUCGACCUUUGCAAUCCAGAGUCCGGUUGGUGCGAGGUCGCCGUCCUUCCAGACGAAUUGCAGGUGCGCGACGUUGCCAUAACUGUUUCUAGACAGUAUAUUUAUGCUCUAGGCGGCAGAAAGUGGUCGGCAUCUAAACAUGCUGUUGCUACUGCUCGUGUUUUUGAUGUUACGACUGGAAAAUGGGACAAACUUCCAGACAUGAAGGAAGAACGGUCUUCUUCCUCCGUCGCCAUAGUCAACCAUACCCUGUUUGUUGGAGGAGGAAGGUACAAUGAUGGAAGUUACAGCAACAAAGUAGAGGCUCUAGAUCUUGAUGAAAGUUAUGGUAAGAGUGGAGAGUGGCGAACGGUUACACCCACUGAAAGGUAUGAUCCUACUCUGGUUCAGUUCAAUGGCAAGCUUCUGGCUCUUGGCGGUGCGGAGACCUGCACGUGGCUUAGCCCUACUUCGUCGACGCAACUGUUGGACGAAACUGUACAUCCUGUGUGGCUCUCUCUUCCCAAUUUGACGCAUCAUUGGAUGUCGCAUGGCGCCGUUUCUUGCGGAAACUUGCUUAUCGUUGCUGGCGGUCUGACUCCAGCACGGUAUCUCAUUGAAAGCACUAAACUCAUGUUAACCUGAUUGUGUUGCAGUUGUGCAAUAUCUGUAGUCAUAAUUAAAUCGAAAACUGUGAUAGUAGAUUGCAGAAAUUUUGUAUAUUUUAUAGCACAAUUACUCAAGAGUGUCUAGAAUGAUCUUCAAGUUUUUGAAAAAAUCUGCAACAAUGAUUAGUAACUGUAGUAUAUGGACACAGAAAACUGAGUACUUUAUGCAAGACAGUUGUACAGUGUAAAUUAUAUUGUAUGGAC